CUAUUUUCAUAUCGCAUUAUCAUCAUGUCUGGCCGCCGAGUGGUGCAUGAUGUGUCCCAACACUUGCUUCUCGUGGUCGGUGGUACGGGCUACGUUGGGAGCAACAUCUUACAGCGCGCCGUCCAGAAAGGCAUCACCGUGCGCAGUUUGAACCGCGGAGGUCGCCCUGCGUGGGACAACACCCCGUGGCUCGACAAAGUGGAAUGGUUCCAAGGAGAUGUCUUUUCCAAAGAGGACCUACAAAAGGCCGUCGCAGGUAGGACGCGACCUCACCUUGGGAUUCAUAGACCACUGCUCAUUAGGCACGACGGGCGUGAUUUCUACUGUCGGUGCGUUUGGAAGCAACGAGCACAUGCAGCGACUUUGUGGCGAUGCGACCAUCGAGGCCGUUCGAGCAGCCAAGGAUGCAGGCACGGAACGUUUUGUGUUCAUCUCCGAGUCUCGUGUCGGCAGGCACAUUCCCACGUGGGCGCCACUGUACGGCUACUUUAACGGCAAAGAACGCGCCGAGGCCGCUGUCCGAGCCCACUUUCCAAAGACCGGUGUGUCCCUUCGACCUGGCUUUGUCUACGGCACGCGUCGAGUCCACGUGAACAACACGGACCUGUUCCUGCCGCUGCAACUGGUGGGGGCCCCGUUGUCGUUUGCCGCCCGUCAGUUGGGUCCGGUGUCGGCGGUGCUGUCGCGGGUGCCCGUGCUCGGAGGUGAAUUGCUCGCGACGUGUCCUGUGGGUGCACUGGCGAAAGCCGCCGUCUUGAGCGCCAUCGCGCCAGUCCACUGCGACGUCUUGGACACGGCCAACAUCAUCGCGCUAGGGGAUUCGUUCCACGAAACAGUCGGCGCUUAAUCCCAUGUCGUUCUCGUCGUAAAUAUGACCAUGUGUUAGCAUAAAUGAUUGAAUUGGUCCUCCAUACUCGUCGGGCAGAAACCAGAUAGUUCCAUAUAAGGUAGUCGGUGAGGCACGAAUCAAU